AUGGGCUCCAACACAUCAGCUUUGAGCGACACGCCCGGCGGGGACUUGCGGCUGCCCGCGUCAGGGCUUCGCUUCACGACCCAUCAGUUGAGAUCUUUGAAUUCCUAUGUCGAUACACUGUAUGAAGAGGAUCGGAAAGGUCGCAUGUCAGUAGAAACAGAGAUGAUGGUGGAGGCUCUAGUUCAGAGGAUAGUGGAUGGUGCCGGACAGCGCGACCCGCGGUUCAGAUGUAGUCAUCUUAUUGCACUGCAUAGGGGGAAACGGAUGCGCUCCAAAUCUCUAGAAUACCUAGUGACCAUAGAUUCCCUGCCAAUACUGAACGUGGAUGACGAGGGUCGUCUCCAGGAAGGUCCUGUGGGGUUCGGCAAGGUGCGGCUGGCGGGGCGGCAGGCGGACACCUGGGCUGAGUUCCUCACGCCAGCUGGGUAUUUGUGUCGAGACAAGGUAGUAGAGCGCUGGGUGCAGCUGGUAGCGCGUUGUGCGCGGGCGCGCGGUGGUGGCGCGUUGCGCGUGUUGAGCGCAAGGGCACAUGUUCACGCCGCACCGUAUUCGUACUGUUAUUUGGAGCGGGCAUCCCACCAAACCAUCCCAGAACAUCGGCUCGCUAUAGUAGAAGGGUCAGCGUGGGUUGUAGUGCGAGUGGGGGUGGGGGGUGAUAGUGCUAAGCUGCUGCUUGGAGCUAGGGUGCGAGGUUGCAGCCCAGACGCGUAUACUACUAAGGUGCCGAUCACUCAUCCCUUAGCAUUGCUGCAUUAUAGCUGUGGACAAGGCGGCUACUACGCAGUGGCAAUAGCUCCACCAUCUUCUAUGGUGUGUGCAGAACGCUCCUCCACCUGGCAGCUCUGGCACCCCGCACUAGAGGCAGCCCUAGAUGCACAUUGUUCUGAUCUCUCCAACGUGGCCAGGAUAGCUGGUGCCUUGAACGUGUUGGUGGAUAAGAUGAGGGAGGGGCAUUUUGAGGGUUCUCUACAACUACUAAGUCGCUACGCCGCCAGCAGUGUCUUAAGGCGUCGCGCGUACCGCUGCGCUUCGCAGCGCGGCGCCGCGAGAGCGUGCCUCGCCUCGCACUUGGCACAUCAUUUACUGCUUGUUCUUGAUGAGCUCCUCCAAAUCGCAACGACUGGCGGCAGGUGCGGCUACAUCUACCCGGUGGAGCGCGGGUGCGCGGCGCGGCGCGGGGCGCGCGGGAACUGGGCGAGUGACGUCAUCGCACUCACUGGCUGCGUGCGACACUUGUACCGGGUCGCGGGUAACGAAGAAAUACCUCUUUCACCAUCUGAAACGUUGGAAUUAGCAUUAUUUUCACGAUGGGAGAGGCUGACGCACGAAAUAAAAUGUACGGGACCCAGUAGUUAUUCAAAACGACAGUUACGAUAUUUAAAUAGAGUGGCUUCGGAACUGGUUCGAUGCAAGAGGUCUAUUGUUUAUGAGAGCCACAGUACAUUCCGAGCUAACCUGAUUCAAGCCACAUCUGUACAUUUGGAAUCUAUUGAAGAUUUAAUACAUAUUAUGGCCAUCAUUUUAGACCAAGCCAGAGAUUCGUAUAUGAAUAAUAUAAAUAACAGGAAUAUAGGUGAAUUUGAUAGAGAGCUAACAAUAUACAGGUCUAAAAAGUGGAACAAAUUAAAGGACUAUUACGAUGCAUCAUCAGCGUGUUUGAUAGAUGCAGUGAGGAGGGAUAAGGACCUUCAGCUUGAAGACGAUGAGACAAGUCUCAUGAGCUUGGUGUUGCACUGGCUUUAUAAAGGAGCGAAAGAAGACAAAAAAUAUCUAGGGCCCGUUUUAAAACCAUACCUAGACGAUCUUUUUACCUCAUCUUUAGAAAAUUCUUGGUUUCUAGAGGACUUUGAUACUAAAAAUUGUGAUUCAGAGUUGGAUGGUUUAAAGGAAUAUUGUUUGGGGGUUCACGAGGGGUUCAUUGAGCCUUGUAUGGGGUUGUUGGGGGCUGCUAAGAAACACGCUUGGGCGAAAGCGGUGGUGGACUUUGUUGAUCGACAUCGACAUACGGAAUUCCGCCUCAUAUUCCCCACCGGAGACGGUCUAGCCGUAUCCUACCCCCUAAAGAUCCCCUCCCGGAGAGAGCACAGUUCCGCUCGCUUCCUCACACUGAGCAGGCGGGACAAAGCCGAGGCGAAGCUUCGGCUGGCGAAGCGAUGCGUCGUGAACGCGUUCCAUGACGCUCUCACGUUCCAACCCAAAAAUAUAUCGCGCCACGGUAGCACAGAUGAAAUAUUAGCCAGUGUUAAAAAUGGUAACUUCUGGAGAACUUCCAAACCAGAUAUCAUUCCUUCAGCAUCAAAUACUUUAGAGCCAAAAUCUAGGCGUAAACAUCGACCAGCUACAAUCUACGGGUUUCCAGAAAUUUCCAUCACAAACCAGUCAGAUGUGAAGACGUUGAGAAGAAAGUAUCACACGUUGAGAAGCUUGGUCUACUCUGACCAAGUGGAUGUUAAGGAGAUGAGAAGACGGCCGAGGUCUGCUGGGUCUACUGUGAAGAAUAAAGAGCCGUUGACUCGGCCUAGUUUGUUGGAGACUAUGGACUUUAUUAAUAGCGUGAAGGAUGCGUUGUGUGUAGAAGAAUCUGGAGCAUCCGACAUAGAAGACAACAGCUGGUGCGUCGAAGACGAGUGGGUGUUGAGUCACGUGGCACCUCUCAACGUGAUCGCUGAUAAAGAGCCACACAGUUUGCAUCUACUUCUUGCUGAUGUCAUAUUAUGUGCAAUACGCCGAGGCUGUUUCACGAUGCUCCAAGAGCUGUGUGUACACUUGAACGAGAGUGAGGGUGCGCUGUUCGCGCUGCAUCGCCUCGCGAGAGCCGCGCGCGCUCGUAGCACGGAGCGGGCUGAUAGUACAUGGAAACUACCAGACACAAUCGCAUCAAAUACAGUCCAGCAGUACCGGGCGCGGCCUCCAGAUUACACGUCCUCCGACGAACAUGCACCACCUGUUCCUCGUAGAUCUACUUCUACUGAGAUAAUAAAACGCUACCCCAAAAUCACUGGCAAUGAUACAAUCGGUAUCACCAAUCCUAUAUACGAUAUCAAACCAAAAGACAAACUGGUAAAACGAACAAAAUCGUUAUCAAGAAGUAUUAGUAUAAAAAGCGUUGAUAUUAACCUAACUUUGGGAAGAAAGAAAACAAAUGACGUCGCUACUGUAAUAGAAGGUGAUGAUGAUAAAGGUUUUGACAUGCAAAGACAUUUUCGUCAAAGAUACAAUGGUGGUAUUGUGGGAGAUUCGUAUAGAAUUAAUAGAAUUAACAUUGAAUAACAAGAAUUAACAAAUUGUGUAAAUACACAAACAGUUAAAAAACCAGGGUGAUAAAUAUCUACAAUUAGAUAAUGUUGUUGAUGAGAGUAAUGUUUAUGAUGAAGAUGAUGAUGAUGAUGAUUAUUACAAUGAUAUAGAAGGACACUUUAGUGAAUUUCUCUAGUGAGAUUUCUAGAUUGAGUUAAAAAGUUGUUAGAAAAACAUCUACUUUAGAUUACUAUAUUUUUUUGGUAGUGGAAGGUGUUGCAUUUAAAAGUUGAU